AUGAUUCCUGUGUUCGUCUUCCCUUCCGAUCAGCUGCAAUUCAAUCUGCGCGCGCGGAGCCGAUCAUUGUCCCUCUACAACCCGUACGACUUCCACAUCAAGUUCAACAUUCUGUCCACAAAUCCGAACGCGUUUCUCUUGAGUUCCUCCGAAGGCAUCAUUCGUUCGCGACAUUGUCUCGACAUCGCCAUUCGCUUGACUCAAGACUCGGUGCGCAGCGAGAAGUUCCAGAUCUCCAUCCGCGAGACGUCGGGCGCUCUUCGCUCCGGACAGCGCGUGCUUUGCGUCACGAAUCGCGAUGACGUCGCCGACGACGACACGACGCCCUCCGCCGACGACCACUUCUCGCCCGUCGUCGCCAACAAUAGUCAACAGACGGCGCGAGCCUUCAACGCCGAGCCCAAGAACCAGUGGUUCAUCUACGCGGCGGCCGUCGUGUGUCUCGCCGUCCUCCUCUUGCCGACGGACGACGAGCGCGAAGAGCGCCCUCUGCUGGCGGUGGCCGUCGCCCACAAACUGGUGGUAUUAAUGAGAGCGCGCUUUCGCGCUAUUCUUGUGCUUCUGACCGCUGAUUGGUUCUCUUCCGCA